AUGCCGCGGCGCCAGGGCGCCCCCUGGCGGUGGCUGUGGGCGGUGCUGCUCCUGGCCGGGGCGCCGCCCCCGCCGGCCGCGGGGUCCUGCCCGCAGCCCUGCGCCUGCUACGCGCCCGCCGAGGUCCACUGCACCUUCCGCUCGCUGGCGGCCGUGCCCGCCGGCCUCCCCGCCGGCGUGGAGCGCGUCAACCUGGGGUUUAACAGCAUCCAGGCUCUCUCGGACACCGCUUUCGCCGGGCUGACGAGGCUGGAGCUGCUCAUGGUCCAUGGCAACAACAUUCCCAGCAUCCCUGACGGCGCGCUCCAGGACCUGGGCGCCCUGCAGGUCCUCAAGUUCAGCUACAACAAGCUUCGUGUGCUGACGGCCCACACCCUGCGCGGCCUGCGGGGCCUCGUGCGGCUGCAUCUGGACCACAACGAGCUGGAGUUCCUGCACCCCCACGCCCUCCUGGGCCUGCGCUCCCUCCGGCUGCUGCAGCUCGAGGGCAACCGGCUGGCCCAGCUGCACCCGGCCGCCUUCGCCACGGUCCGCCCCCUGGGCCAGUUCCCGCUGUCCGGCGUCCGGCACCUGUACCUGGCGGACAACCGGCUGAGCCGGCUGCCGGACGGGCUGCUGGGCGCCAUGCCGCUGCUGGAGAACGUAUUUCUGCAGGGCAACCCCUGGGCCUGCGACUGCGAGAUGGGCUGGCUGCCGGGCUGGGCGGCCAGGGCUCCCGGCAUCCUCAAGUGCAAGAAGGACAAGGCCUUCGAGGGCGGCCAGCUCUGCGCGGCCUGCGCCAGCCCCCGCGUUCUCCUCGGUCGCGAGCUCCACUCCCUCCGGGACAUCCGGUGCGCCCGGCCCUCCAUCGAGUCCCCGCUGAGACCCAACGCGACCGGCAGUGGCAGCAGCAACAGCGUCUUCGACGAGGAAGAGGAAGAAGGAGACGAAGACGCAGACGCCGACAGCCCCCUCUCCGUGGCCGCCCUCCCGUCCCCGCCCUGGACGGUCGCCUUGAACAUGACGGACGAGCACGGCAACACGGUGAGCCUGGCCUGCAGCGUCCGGCGCCCGCCGCGCCUGGAGGCCGUGCGGCUGAACCAGACGGAGUCCCAGGAAACGGAGGUCAACGCCACCAUCGCCCUGGAGAUCUCGUGCCCCAUGACCCGGGACAAGUACGAGAAGCUGUGGAAACUCAUCGCCUACUACAGCGAGGUGCCCGUGACCUUGAACCGGGAGGUCGCCGCCGACGCCGGCCAGCUCACCGACGGCCACGGGGCGGCCGCCGCGUACAGACAAGACACCGACGCUGAUGCAUUGUACUACACGGGUGUCCGCGCCCGUGUGCUGGCCACGCCCGCCUGGAUCCUCCAGCCGUCCGUGCGCCUGCAGCUCAAUCGCCGGCAGAGCACGUCCCAGAGGGUCCUGCUGUCGUACCGGUCGCCGUUGGCCUGGAUGACCGCCAGCAGCGAGGAGGACACGGGGAGGGCUCGCGGCCGGAGCUGGGUCAUGAUUGAGCCGGACCCGGACGCCCCGAGGGCCCUCGUUGUCCUCGAAGGCUCGCCGUGCGAGCUGGGGUGCCACGUGCGGGCGUCGGAGAGCCCCACUAUCACCUGGGUUCUCCCCGACGGCUCGGUGCUGUCAGCAUCCGCCCAUCCGGACGCGGACGGAAGAUUCUCCAUCCUGACCGGUGGCGGGCUGAGGAUCAGGGAGGCCGUGCGCGCCGACACGGGGCUGUACCGGUGCAUGGCUGCCGUCCCGGACGAGGCGGCCGGCCUGGCCUUCCGGGUCGUGGUGGUGCCUCGGACGGCGCAGCCCCCCGAGGAUGGGCGGGCGGCGAGCGUCCCCAAGAAUCCGGGCGAACCCCUGAUUCUGCCCUGCCGGGCGCUGGCCGUGCCCGAGGCCCAGCUUACCUGGAUCCUUCCCAACCAGAGGAUGGUCCACGCCUUGGCCAACACGUCCAGGGCCUACGUCCUGGCCAACGGGACCCUCUCCAUCCCCGAGGUGCAGGCCGGCGAUGGAGGCGUCUACCGGUGCGUCGCCGUCAACCAGCAGGGGGCAGACCAGCUCACGGUGGGGGUCGCGGUGAGCAGGAGAGGGCCGGGGGGCAGGGCGUCCAAACGGGGACGGCGUCCCGGCGGGCAGAGCCCGUCUCGACCCAGAGGAGGCAUCGUGGAGGACGAAGGAGGCUCGGGCGUCGGCCCCGAUGUCACCCCGUCCAGGAGGGUCCAGCGCCCCAAGGACCAGAAGGGGCGCCGGAAGCCGAAACCCUGGCGGCAUCCCGAGAAGGAGCCGGCGGAUAGCCGUGUCGCCGAGGGCCGCCGCGGCUUCGAGUCCAGGCGGAGGGUCCACGUGGCCAGCAAGCAGAUCAACCCGGACCACUGGGCCCACAUCCUGGCCCGGGUCCGAGGGAAGAACCUUCCCAGCGACGGGGGGACGGUGGAGACCGCCACGGCGCCCGCCGAGAGCACCGACGACGCCACGCCCGUCCUGCCUCCUCCCUCCUUGUCCCCCGCGGCCCACGGGACAGCCGGUCCUGACGAGGAGUUCUCGGCAGACGCUCUGUUCGUGGGGGAGGUAGACCCUGUAUCCGGGCCUGGCGUCCUGACAGCGGAAGCCGGAGCCACCAGCUCCGAUCUCACCGGCUCCCAUCUACAGGAAUCCAUCGACGACGACGACGAGGAGUUUUCUGAAAAGACACAGGGUCUACCUCUGUGGGCCGUGGCCACCCCAGGGCCAUCGGAUGUGCCUUAUGAGUCUUCAACACCCCAGAUCCUGGACCCGACCGAUGAGGAAUCCGUCAGCGAUCACAUGCCCACGCACAGCUGGUCUGCUCAAUCCAUGGCCAACUGGUCUACACAAUCCAUGGCCAACUGGUCUACACAAUCCAUGGCCAACUGGUCUGCUCAAUCCAUGGCCAACUGGUCUACACAAUCCAUGGCCAACUGGUUGACCCAAGCCGUCGGCCCCACCAUCGCCACGGAAGACCGGUCGAUGACGGUGGUAGAUGCUGGACGUGAGCCAACAUCCCGUGAGACCAUGUCCCCCUCGGCGGCCACCCCCGUGCCUUCCACGGACCCCGAAUGGGACACCCGUCCACCGUCGUACGAGGACGAGACGGAAGGACAGGCGUCCCGAGGGGUCGCCCCAACGCCCGCCUUGUCCGCGGUGGACCCCUGGGCCAGGAAAGGCACACAGGAGGGCCCUCGGAAGCUUCCGGAAGGAGCCACGCCGGGGAGAGUGCCCCCUGGCUCCCGAGGAUCCACCACGGAGCGUGUCGGCGUGGAAUCCACCCCGUCGCUUGGUUUUCUUGCCGAGAACCAAGUGGGUUCCGUGGCGCCUGCCACCACCACUGCUGCCUCCACUCCGCCUCCCCGGAAACGGCCCCAGGGCGCGGGGAGGAGGCGGCCACGGCCCCAUCGCUUCCGACAGCGCCAUAAGCCGACGCGUACGCCCAGCACGCCCGCCCCGACGGGGACCUUCUCCCCUGGUCCCACCCAAGACCCCGAAGCCCUGACCCCCGAGCGAGGGGACGGUUGGUCGGCGCCCACCUCUUGGGGGGAGCCUACGACGGGGACCCCCAAACAGGUGGGUGCGGAGACGCCUGCGGAGCCCGCGACCAGGGGGACCCCACGGAGAAAGCACGGCAGGAGGCCGCACAAACACCGGCAGGGCACCUCCACGGUGGACUCUGCGGAGAAGACACCCACGGAUGCCACCGUGACACCCCGUCCGGGGAUGGCCCUGCUGUCCACCGCCUUCUCCCUGGGAAUCGGGGGCCCCCAUGAGGCCAUGACGGCAGCAGCUUUUAGCACCACCACCUCCCCCAACACGCACGCAUCUCGUGGUGUACCCCGAGAUACAACACCGGCCACGUCCACGCCCGCGUCCGAGGAGAGAGAAACGGAGACUUCCCAUGACUCCGCCACCCGUGAGCCCGUCCUCCGUGUCCCAGCACCGUCCGGGUUCGAGAUCUCCACCGUGAGAGACACGAGGAACGGAUUCUUCACGUCUAGUUUUCCGGGAACGGAAAACGGGGAUCCGCCGAGGACGGCGCAGCCCGGGGUUCUCCAGACGGAUGCGUCUCCCUCUCCCCAGGAGUCGGGGGACCCGGGUCUGCCCCCGUCCGGGUCCCUGGUGCUUUCUACACAAGAUGGCGUGGUCGCUUCCUCUACGCGGAGCACGGGUGUAGACGCAGCUUCUCGUCGGGAUGGAUCAGCCCCGUUCCCAGCCACCCGUCCCGUGACUGUGGAUCCCGCCACCACGGAGAGCGUGUACCAUCCAUCAAGCCCGCCAUCUCCUCCAGUGUCCACGGAUUUCUCCAACCCCGUGGGGGUCCCCAGUACCCAAACGGAGGAGGAGGAGGAGAAGAAGGAAGAGGAGGAGGAGGAGGAGAAAGAGGAGAAGGAGGAGAAGGAGGAGGAGAAGAAAGAGAAGAAGAAGGAGAUGAAGGAGGAAGAGGAGGAGGAGGAGGAGGAGAAGAAGGUGGAGGAGGAGAAGGAGAAGGCGGAGAAGGAGGAGGAGAAGGAGAAGGAGGAAGAGAAGAAGGAGGAGGAGGAGAAGGAGGAGGAGGAGAAGGCGGAGAAGGAGGAGGAGAAGAAGAAGGAGAAGAAGGAGGAGGAAGAGGAGGAGAAGAAGGAGAAGAAGGAGAAGGAGGAGAAGAUGACCCAGCCAACAUGGCGGCCAGUAAAUGACCUGUCCACCCCAUCUCCCAGGACAGACACCGUUCCCGUCACGCCGAGCCGGGAGGUCCCCGGGAAGGCCGAGGACACCACCCACAUCCUCCUCCGCGGCCCUGACGGUCACCACCACCGCCACCGCCACCACCACCCCCUUCAUGGUCGUGUCCGACUUCUCCCAACCCAACCGGCCACCGUCUCCGGCCCGCCCGUCCCUCCGAGGGGGACCUGGAGGCCUCCCGCAUGGACCCCACGGGGCCCCUUUCGAUACCCCACGCCUGUCCAUCCUCCUCGUCGCCACGGAACCACGGCGUCCCCAUGGCACCUUCUGCGGGACCACAAGCUCUCGACAACGCCGAGACCGACCCCUUCCAGCCCGGCCACCACCGUGGACCCGUGGCGGACGGCGAGGCCCCUCCUGGCCACGGGCCACGGGACGGACCCACCCCGCCACGGCCACGGCCACGGCCACGGCCACGGCCACGGCCACCGCACCACGGUCACACCCCACUCCAACAGCCUCCCCGACGUCAGACCCCCUCACCCGUCCGGCGGCAGGUCCCCGUUCUUGCUCGACAGGACCUUCUCGUGGCCACCAUCAGCCGGGACCCCCAAGACCCGGACCCCGGCCCCUCCAGCCCCAGGGACCCGGGGACGAGCCGUCCACCCGUUCGCCGACGACCAUCGCACCCGCGCUCAGACGGUCAUCACCCACGUGGACUUGGGGCCGCCGGCCCCGCCGGCCCCUCCGUCCCCGCCACCGCCGUCCUCCACCCGUCCCGUCCCCUUCGUGACGGCCCCCCACGGGCCGCCUUCUGGAACCUUCCGUCCGGGCGGGGCCAGGGUCUUCUCAGCGGCGGGCGGGCCGCCCGCUGCGGGGACGUCGAAGCUCUGGGCAGCCGGGGAGGCGCCGAGGAUCAUCAGCAAGUCGCCCCCGACCGUGACCGUCGCGGCCGAGGCGGACGCCGCGAUUCCAUGCGAGGCCACGGGGAGGCCAGAGCCGUUUAUCACCUGGACCAAGGUCUCCACGGGCGCCCUGCUGACCCCCAACACCCGCGUCCAACGGUUCCAGGUCCUCAAAAACGGCACUUUCCUCAUCCACCGGGUCCAGCCUCAGGACCGGGGCCAGUACAUCUGCACCGCCCAGAACCUGCAUGGCGCUGACCGGCACUCUGUCCUGCUCUCCGUGUCCACCCAGCUCCCCCAGAUCCUGGCUGCCUCCCCAUCCCAAUCCCAGACCCAGUACCAGGACAUCACCGUGUCCGUCGGGGACACCAUCUCCAUGGAGUGCCUGGCCCGGGGCACCCCGCUGCCCCAGAUCUCCUGGAUCUUCCCGGAUCGCCGGGUGUGGCUCCAUCCGUCCCCCGUGGAAAGCCGGGUGACCGUCCACCCCAACCGGACCCUGUCCAUCAAGGACGCGUCCUUCUCCGAUCAGGGCGUGUACCGGUGCGUGGCCAGCAACGCGGGGGGCGCCGACAGCCUGGCCAUCCGUCUGCACGUAUCGGCACUGCCCCCCGUCAUCCAGCAGGACAGGAUGGAGAACAUUACGCUGGCCCCCGGGCUGAGCGUCCACAUCCACUGCGAGGCCAAGGGCGCGCCGGCCCCCGGCGUGCGCUGGCUGCUGCCCCCCGACGGCACCCCGAUCCGGCCCUCGCAGUUCCUGCGGGGAAAGCUGUUCCUGUUCCCCAACGGGACCCUCUACAUCAGGAACCUGGCUCCCAAGGACUCCGGCCGGUACCAGUGCGUGGCUGCCAACCUGGUGGGCUCGGCCCGCCGGGAGGUGGCCGUGACCGUGAGGCCCCCCGGGGCGGCCGCCAACGCCCGCAUCACCGGCAGCUCCCCGCGGAGAACGGACGUGCGCUACGGGGGGACCCUGCGGCUGGACUGCAGCGCGUCCGGCGAGCCCUGGCCGCGCGUGCUGUGGAGGCUGCCCUCCAAGCAGAUGGUGGACGGCGUGUUCAGCCUGGACCCCCGCGUCCGGGUGCUGGCCAACGGCACCCUCGUGGUCCACGCCGUCACCGAGCGGGAUGCGGGCGACUACCUGUGCGUGGCCCGCAACAAGGCGGGCGAUGAUUUUGUCGUCCUGGGUGUCAACGUGGUCACGCGGCCGGCCAGGAUCGAGCAGAAGGACGCCGGCCACCACCAUCCCCACCACCAGCACCACCAGCACCACCGGGUUCCCUACGGCAGUGACCUCCGAGUGGACUGCGUGGCCUCGGGCCUCCCCGACCCCGAGAUCUCCUGGAGCCUGCCGGACGGGAGCCUGGUGCACCCCUUCGUGCAGUCUGACGGCGGUGUUGGCGGUGGGGCGCGGUCCAAGCGUUACGUCGUGUUCCAUAACGGGACCCUUUACUUCAACGAGGUCGGCCUCCACGAAGAAGGCGAUUACACCUGCGUCGCCGAGAACCGGGCGGGCAAGGACGCCAUGACCGUGCGGGUCAAGGUGGUGACAGCGCCCCCUGCCAUCCGGAACAAGACGCACUCCGUCGUGCGGGUGCCCUACGGCGACACGGUGUCCGUGCCCUGCGAGGCCAAGGGCGAGCCGCCGCCCAGGAUCACCUGGCUGUCGCCCGCCAACAAGCUCAUCCCGAGCGGCCCCACAGACAAGUCUCACGGCCCCACAGACAAGUACCAGGUCUACCAAGACGGCACGCUGCUCAUCCAGAAGGCCCAGAGAGCCGACGGCGGCAAUUACACCUGCGUGGCCCGCAACACAGCCGGGGAGGACCGCAAGUCGGUGUGGGUCCAGGUCCAUGUUCGGGCGCCCUCGAUCAACGGCAACGCGGACCCCCUGGCCACGGUGAGCGAGACGGCCCUGGCGGGGAGCCGGAAACUCAUCGACUGCCUCGCCCGGGGCAUCCCCGCGCCCAGAGUCCUGUGGGCCUUCCCCGAGGGGGUCGUCCUGCCCGCCCCGUAUUUCGGGAACCGGGUGACCAUCCACCGCAACGGCACGCUGGACAUCCGGAGCCUGAGGAAGAGCGACGCCGUCCGGCUGGCCUGCAUCGCGCGCAACGAGGGGGGCGAGGCCCGGAUGACCGUGCAGCUCGCCGUGCUGGACGCCGCGGAGACCCCGACGUUCCACGACCCCGCGGACGAGACCAUCACGGCCGUGGCCGGCCACACCAUCAGCCUCAACUGCUCGGCGUCCGGCGUCCCGGCCCCCACGCUCGUGUGGACGCUGCCCAACGGCACGGAGCUCGCCGGGGGCCGGCGGCUGCAACGGUUCUUCCACAAGCACGACGGCAUGCUGCACAUCGCGGGGCUGGCGGCGGUGGACGCGGGCGCCUACCGAUGCGUGGCCAGCAACGCGGCCGGCCAGGCAGAGCGGCGGGUGUCCGUUCGGGUGGGCCCCGGCACGCCGGACGCCAAGAAGCAGUAUCGCAACCUGGUGAGCAUCGUCCACGGGGAGACGCUGGAGCUGCAGUGCUUGCCCCCGGGGCUGCAUCCAGCCGUGUCCGGGGGCCGCCCGGCCCACGUCUCCUGGACGCUGCCCAACGGCGUGUCCCUCCGGGGGCCCCAGUCCCGAGGGCGCGUCUCCGCGCGGGACAACGGCACGCUCACCGUGCGGGAGGCGUCCGUGUACGACAGGGGAACCUACGUGUGCAGGAGGACGGAAAACGGCGAGGACAGCGCGUCCGUGGUCAGCUUCCCGGUCAUCGUCAUCGCCUACCCGCCCCGCAUCACCAGCCAGCCCACGCCGGUGAUCUAUGCGCGGCCGGGGGCCGCCGUGCGCAUGGACUGCGUGGCCGUGGGGCUCCCCAAGGCCCAGGUCGCGUGGGAGCUCCCCGACGGGUCCCGGCUGGCCGCGGGGACGCAGGCCCGGAUGUACGGACACCGGUUCCUGCACCCGCAGGGGUCCCUCACCGUCCAGCAGGUCUCCCCGAGGGACGCUGGGUUCUACAAGUGCACGGCCAAGAACGUGCUGGGCACGGACACCAAGACCACCUACGUCCACGUCUACUGA